GCCGCCGCAGGCCGGGUUCCCCGUGGCAGGGAAGGGGUUAAGGACCCCCACAGGUUGGCUGAACCCCCCGUGGGGCUCCCCAAGGACUCAUUACCGCGGCCUCAGCCCCCCUGCCCGGGGAGGGGGGGGAUGAAUAAUUCAGCGCCUGGUAGGAAGACGUGUCCUCCCUCCCUCUCCUUCCUCCUCCUCCUCCUCCUCCUCACCGGCUCUGCCUUCCCCACCUCCCGCCACUCUCAUUCCUCGCCGUACCGAGCCCCGGGUGCCACCGAACUCCGCUCGGUACCGGUGCCAGAGACUCCCCCGGCUCCGGUGACUCCCGGCCAAGGCCAUGGACCCCAAGGAGCGCAAGAAGAUCCAGUUCUCCGUGCCGGCCCCCCCCAGCAACCUGGACCCCCGCGCCGUGGAGAUGAUCCGCCGGCGGAGGCCCACGCCGGCCAUGCUCUUCCAGCUCUCCGAACACUCCUCCCCAGAGGACGAGAACCUGCCCUACCAGCGCUCGUCGGGCGAGGGCUGCCUGCUCAAACCAAAGAGGACCAACCCGUGUGCCUACACCCCGCCCUCGCUCAAAGCCGUGCAGCGCAUUGUGCAGUCCCACCUGGAGAGCGGCAUGGGCGGGGGGGACAGCUCCGACGGGGAGCCCGAUGACGGCUGCGACCCCGACAGUGCCCUCGAGUCUGCCCCGGGGAGCCAGGGCAGAGCCGAGCGCAGCUACUUCCCCGCCGGGCUGAAGGCGCACAAGCGGAAAGGCGGGCAGAAAGUUUCCUUCGCCGGCGGCAUCGACGAGCGCGAGGAGGACCUGAAGUCGCUGACGGUGUCAGAGAUCCCCGAGGACCCCGAGGGAGCGGAGGGUGACGAGGAGGAGCCGGGGCAGGAGCAGGACAGUGGCACCGGGGAGCGGCGACACGUCGGCUUCGCCGAGGUGCCCUCGCGCCCCAUCGGCACCGAGCGCCACUCGCCCACCUUCCCGCUGGGCACCAGUUAGCUGGCGCCGGGCACCGGGCACCGGCC